AUGGCAGCGAACUUUCAACCACACAUGGGGGUUCCGGGCCAGAUGAUGCCACAGCAGCAGCAGAGGCCGCAACAGCAGCGGCAAAAUCAGGCCGGGCAACAUGUCUCGGCGCAAAUCAACCAAGUGAUAUUCCAGACCGUCACGAACCAAACUGGGCAGAUAGACCCCAAGAGUUGGCAAUCGCAGGUAUUAAUUCAAGAACGUAUUAGCCUGAUAUUUAAUAUAAUCGCAAAUCUUCGGCUUGCAAGCGCGACUCAACCAAACCCCCCAGGUCUCAAUAAGAUGAUGGAAAUUGGCAUCAAAUUUGAGAAGGAGAUAUUCGAUAAGUCAAUGGACAAGGCCGCAUACAAACGUGCUGUCGACGCCAAGCUGGAACAACUGCUCGAGAGGAGGAAUCAGAAUCAAGCUGGUCUUCAGCAGACUAUCAACCAACAAGCACAGGCGCAGGCACAUGCUCAGCAGGCACAGGCACAGCAGAUGAUGAUGAACCCGAAUGGAAUGCAAGGGCAACCAUCAAGGCUCAUGCAAGGACAGCCUUCUCAGCAAGGAUUUUCACAUCUCCAGCACCAAAUGCAAGCGUCCCCUCUGCCUGGUCAACAACCAUCGCAGGUACCGAUGGGAAUGGCAAACGAUCAACUACCUCCAAACAUGACACAAAAUCAGCAACAGCAAUUUCAAAUGUCGAUGCAGCAGCAGCAGCCACAACAACAGCAAAACCCUGUCGAUCGACCACAAAAUGGCCAACCACAAUUAACACCACAAGAUCAAGCGAUGAUAAUGGAAUUGGCCAACCGAUUAAUGAGUCAAGCACCCCAGGACGAGAAGAACGCAAUAAGGCAGAACAUGAGAGCGAGAAUGGACCCUCAACAGCUGAACCAGUAUACGAUGCGGGGCCAGGACCCUCUUCUAAUCUACUACCGCCAGCAAGCUUUAAUCCGACUCCGCUCAGAAAAACAGAGCCGUAUGGCGCAAGCGCAAGCUCAAGCCCAGCAAUUUGCCAUUUCGCAGCAAGCUCAGAAUAUGCCAAAUGCGGUUCCUGGAAUGCAACGAGCACGGUCCAUAAACCCUAGCCCUCUGAAUGGACAUACUCAGCCGCCGACAUCUAUGGGAGGAAAUAAUGAUUUUGGAGGGUUUAUGGGGAAUAUGGAAAGUCUUGCCGUUCAACAACAGCAGGAAGGUUUCAUUGCGCAAGGAGCUGGGCAGGUUGUAGUCCCAGCGAGCGGCGCUCAGGCGAAUGCAACUCCUCAGCUCGGUGUGGGGAUGCCGGGACAACCUAUGGGUAUGGGUGACCAGCGAGGGGUGGGGAAUCCCAAUAACAGGGCCCAACAACAACAGCAGAUGCUUAAUGCCCAGCAAAGAAUGCACGCAGCAGCACAGCAGCAGCAGCAACAACAGUCUCAAGCGCAAGCUCGAAUGAAUGCCCAGGCCAAAACACAGAUGGGUCUCCAAGGCCAACCUGGUGGAAUGGGCAAUGGCCCGCUACCCCCUCAGCAGAGUCCAGCUUUGCCCACACUAAACGCUCCUUUAAAAACAACGUCUCAGAUGGGCCACCCAGAGGGCCCGCAAAUCAAUCCAAAUCAGCAGUUUGGUCAACCUCUCGAUCCACGAUUCGUUCCAGGAAAUCAAAGGCAAAUCGGUCCAGCAAAUGGGAUGAACCUUUCGGGGGUGAACCCGGCAAUGUUUGCUGGCAUGUCUCAAGAGCAGCAGCAACGUAUGGCUGCGCUACCACCAGAGAAGCUGAGUGAGCUGUUGACUAAAUGGAACGAGCAGAGGGCGAUGAAUCAAGCUCAAGGUGGACGGCCUCCCAUGCCAAUGCCAGGCAAUCAGCAGAUUCACCCUGGACAGCAAGUACCACAACCCGGUCAAUUCAACCCCCAAAACCCUAUGCUUCAGUUCCAGCGCCAGCAAGCCAUGUCCCCUAAUAUGACACCACAGCAGCAGCUAGCACUGCAACAGCAAAUAGCUCGCCUACAGCAGCAAGGUGCAGCACAACCACGAGUCCCGCCACAGGCAAUGCAAAUCGAGCAGCGGAUGGCCAUGCAGAUGGAUAGUAUGGAUAUCCCUCCUAAUUUGCACAAUCACGCAAGCUUUCCCCGAGGCGUCCCGCCUGAGAUCAAGAAGUGGGGACUGUUAAAGCAAUGGGUGCAGCAAAAUCCGAGUUUGGGGCCUGAGGUCCUCGACAGCUUAAAAGCACUGCAGAGAUACCACUAUCAAUCACUCCUACGUGCAAGAGCAACCCAACAAGCUGGUCAGCAGCCUGGGGCUAUGCAGCCUGGAGCACCAGGUGGACCCGGCCCUAUGUCUGCUAUACCUCCGGGAAUGUCUGCCCCAGUGGCGCCCAUGGGUCCAAAUGCUGCACCUGUGCCUGCUGGAAUGAAUAUGCCCGGACCUGGCCAAAUCCGCCAACCAACUCAAGCCGAAAUUCAGAAUGCACGACAGCAUCACAGUGGGAGGAUGGCUAAUGCUACUGAUGAUCAAAUCCGUUCGUUCUUAAUGAGACAAAUGGCCGCUCAACGGCAACAGCAACAUGCCCAAAUGAUGCAGAACAUGCAGAUGGCAAACCCCAUGGCUCAGCUCAAUGGGCAACAGCAACCUCGGCCUGGACAACCGCCACAAAAUAUGGGCCCGAGGGCACCGAAUCAGCCCGUUCCCCCACAACCUCCUCAGCCAAAGAAACCGCCUGGUGGAGCUGACGCGGCAAACUCGACGACUAAUGCUGCAAAUGCCAACCGCACGGCUCGACCCGUGCCUACUGCUCGAAGUGCUCAAAAUCCAUCUGCCCCUCAGCCUGCAAAGAAUUUGAAGCGUGCUAGUAGUGAUGAUGUUGUUGAAGUCCCGAAUCCAGCCCUCCAACAGCCCUCACGGCCGGCAGUUCAGCAGCCGCAAGCGCAGCAAGGUCAGGGACAGAAGCCACCUCCUCAGCAAGGCCGCCUUUCUUUAACGCCGGCGCAAGUUGCCACGCUGGACCCUGAAGCCCGGAAAAAAUAUGAGGCUGAUGCUCGUAUGGCCCAGGCAGCUCAAGCCAACCAACGUACAGUUGCUGAUCUGGAAAAGUUGAAAACCAUUAACCAAGAGGAGCUGGCAAAGAUCAACAUGCAGCCGCCUGCUGAUAUCCCACUAGACGCGGAGAUGAAAGCCAAAGUGACGAAGAUGCUAAGAGAGAUCCUACAGCCUUUUUCGAACAUGACAAAGGCAAUCCCCAGAUGGUAUGGAAUUACGCAUGAUGACAACAGGGCAAGAAUGUUUUUCCGCUUUAAAAAUCGAUUAGCGAAGCAAUUCCGUGACCCGGCAAUGACCCAACCGAAGGAUACAUUCUCCAUUAGCACCAAGGAAAUCGAACAAGGUCGGAAUAUGCUAAAUGGCAUGGUGAAGGAUUUGAGUGAUAGAUUCCCGGGUUUGAAGAAAUCGGACCCAACUGGGGCCCAAGCCGCUCCUGCAUCCCAACCUACCGUGCCAGCCACGCAAGCUGUACCAGCACCAACUGUUCCGCUGAACGCUGCAAAUCUUCAAGAGCAGCAACAGCAACUUAACAAACUGCACCAAAGAUCAAAUAGUCGCGGUUCUCACGCGCCUGCUGCCCCUACAUCUGCCCAGCCACCGUUUCCAUUUAGUGCCAAGUCGCCACCUGAUGGAGUGCCUGCCUAUAUAGGUAAGAGCACAGUGACUCAAGAGAACCUUCAUCUUCCGGCUCGGAAGAAGCAGAAGCAGAACAACAACGCUCCAGUUCCAGCGCAGGGAACUCCUGGUUCUAAUGCUUCACCUCAAGUAUCAAAGGGAGUCGCCCCCGAAGUCAAGAGACAACCUGCCGAAGCAAAGCCACAACCCAGGACGGCUCUCUGCUGCUCGGAACCGGAAUGCGAUAGGCACAAUGUCGGUUUUGAUAGCGAAGAAGCAUUGAGGAUCCACACUCAAGAAGAACAUAUCAAACCGCUAGAGGAUCCUUUCCAAUAUGCGCAGCAGAACUUAGCUUCCACGCUAGGCUUGGAUGCUCGAGGCCAGUCGAAGAAGCCGCCUGUUGUUUCUCAGGAUGUUGCGGCCACACCUACUGCACCCAAGAUGGCAACAAGCGUUUCCAGGCAAGGUCAUACUCCAAAUGUUAAGGGCGGAAGUACACCUGCCGCUGCAACGCCCAUGAACCGUCAAGUAUCUAUGAAUCGCCAGGGUAGUGCAGCUGGAGCCAAAUCGGCCACACCAGCGAAAGCUACUCCAUCAAAAGAUGGCUCAGCCAGACCUACUACCGACCAGAAGGACGCCAGCAAACAACAGGCCCAGCCGCCGCAGGAAAUGAUCAUCGAAGAUCCUUGGGCCAAUGCUACUAUUGACCCUCAUGAUCUCUUCCAAGCCUUCCAGACUUUUGAAAGUGGAGCUGGUGGUGCGAUCUCGGAUAUGAACGUCUAUCGGUCGAUCACCCCGAACGACACGCCGGAAUCAAGCAAAGAUGGUGUCUCGGAGCCGAAUAGUGACAUCUCGGAUGGUGUUGGACUCGAUAUUAACCUCGACAUAUUUGAGGGUAGCUGGAUGCCCUUUGGUCCAAGCGAAACGGAUACAUUGUUCGAUAUGAAUAGCAUUAACUUUACCAAGGAGGACGAUGUGAUGAUGCUUGAAGAACAGCCAUCACUCAACUUCAAGUGGGACGACAUGAUCGAUCCCGCAGCGCUCGAUAAGCCAUUUUCUUUUGAUACCUCUCUUUACUCGAUGAACGCCGACUAG